GUUUAUCGACAUGGAUACUACUAUCGUUUUGCGCGGAUCCACCAAGUUCACGCUCCCCGGAGACCUGUUCGAAUCGGCUAUGGACAGAUUCGACUCCCUCGUCGAGACCGGCGAGAUCCUCUACAGCCCAUCGGAACCUGAUCGCAUCGAGCACGACGGAUUCGAGGUAAUUUUCGAAUUCCGCAUCGUCCCGGCCAUGGGCUCGAAGCCGCUGCUCGCCGCCGACGAUCCCGGCCGCUCCCAGGCCCAAGGCCCCUUCGUCAACCCAGAUCCCGCGUUCGUCCUGGCCAACGUCGGCACAGACCACGUCUUGGAGCUUAACAAAUUCUGCGUUUUUCGGCCCAUGCUCAUCCUGCAUACCCAUAAAUACGUCCCACAGGAGGACGAUUUGGACGCGUCCGACUUGGCGGCAGCAUGGGCGACGUUGGCGACUAUCAAUGUCGAGGUGCCACAUAUUGCGCUCUACAACUGCGGCGUUGAUUCGGGCUCGUCGCAAGGGCACAAGCAUCUUCAGCUCUGGCCGCACCUAAACCUGAAGGAUAAGAAAGCAUUCUACCUGCCGCCGGAUGGGAAGGACCUGCCUUUCGAUACCCCGACUGUGCUUCCAGACUUGCCGUACCAACAUUGGGUCGUUGGCAUCCCCCGUUCCGCUAAGCCGGUUGACAUCAUCGAGUCCUACUAUCUGCUGCUCAGGAAGACGAGAGAGGCUUUGGGAAAGGAAGACGAUGAGGCUGCAGCCUACAACUUACUCUUCACCGCAGUCUGGAUGAUCAUUAUCCCUCGCACCCAGAAGGGCUGCAAGGGCCUCAACGCUAACGGCGCGGGUAUGCUUGGCUUGGUGUGGGUGAAGGAUGCGGAGGAGCGUGAGGAGUGGACGAAGCAUGGCAUGACGGAGCAUCUCACACGCUUGGGACUGCCUGUUGAGAAGUGAUUGUAUGGUUCUACGGGGUGAAUAGGAUACCUGAUUCUGGCUAUGGUGUCAAGUAUGUGCAGGAAUACCAAAUAGACUUUACAAAUUCCU